AUGGCUACUGCUGCUGCUAUCCAGCCUGCUAAAUCUAAGCAAAUGGUUAGGCGUGAUCGUGGAAUGUUCUCGGCAUCUGAUGAUACCGCAAUGAUGAAGCAGAUUCAGGCGACUCAUGCUCCCGAUGGUCGGGAGCUUGAAGUCAAACCUAUUCUGCACAUCAUUGAGGCAAUCCUACAUCAUGUCUCCCCUGGUCUUGAUGGAGUGAUCAAUGGAGUUCACCAUCAGGAAAGUGAUGCAGCAUUGGAGGAGAAGGCUGCAGUUGCUGGUGAUGAAGGUAUCUUGGAAGGAUUGGCUUACAUUAUACACAAAAUCUCCUGCGAGUUGUCAUGCAAGUGCUCAGGUGGUGGAGAUGCGCAUGCUGCGACAAUGGCGAUCUUAAACAUGCUCUCAAGCUAUUCUUGGGAUGCAAAAGUAGUGACAUCAUUGGCUUCCUUUGCUGUGAACUAUGGGGAGUUCUGGCUCCUUGCUAAGAUGUUUGCCACAAAUCCGCUGGCCAAGUCUGUUGCUGUUCUCAAGCAAUUGCCAGACAUCAUUGAGCAUUCUAAUGGGUUGAAAUCGCGGUUUGAUGCGAUUAACAACAUUAUCAAGGCAAUGCUAGAUGUAACUAAGACCAUUGUUGAGUUCAAGGGAUUGCCAAGCCAGUACAUUACCGAUGACACACCUCCAAUGGCCAUGGCACUUGCUCAUAUUCCCGCUGCUGUUUACUGGACUGUAAGAAGCAUGGUCGCCUGUGCAUCUUUGCUUACAAGCCUAUUAGGCAUGAAUUAUGAGAUGAUUGCAUCUACCACGGAGACAUGGGAACUGUCAAGUUUAGCCCACAAGCUGAGCAGCAUACAUGGUCACCUCAAGACACAGUUAGCUAACUGCUAUCAGCAUAUUGAGGAGAAGAUGCAUGCUGAGUACUUUCAAAUGCUGAUCCACAUUUUUGAUGUACCACAUUUGGACAACUUGAAGAUCCUUAGGGCACUGAUCUACAUCAAGGAUGAUCUGCCACCUCUCACACAUGGCUCUACUAAGACAAGGGUAAAUGUUGAUGUUUUGAGAAGAAAAACAGUGUUGCUGCUGAUAUCAGAUCUUGACCUCUCCCAAGAAGAGCUUCCUGUACUCACUCAUAUCUACCAAGAAGCGCGAUCAAGACCAGAGUAUAAUUAUGAGAUUGUAUGGCUACCAGUGGUGAAUAAGUCAGUGCCAUGGAAUGAAACAAAUGAACAAAAAUUUAAGCAGCUGCAGUCUAUAAUGCCAUGGUAUACACUCCAUCAUCCAUCGUUGCUUGAACCUGCUGUAAUCAAAUACAUAAAGGAAGUGUGGCAUUUUGAGAAGAAGUUGAUGUUAGUUGUGCUGGAUCCAGUAGGAAAAGUGGCUUGUCCUAAUGCGUUACAUAUGGUUUGGAUAUGGGGAAAUCUUGCAUAUCCUUUCACUCUAAUGAAAGAGGAAUCGCUGUGGAAGGAGGAAACUUGGAGGCUUGACUUAUUAGUGGAUGGCAUCGAUCAAAACAUACUUGAUUGGAUUGUGGAAGAGAAGUUCAUUUGUUUGUAUGGAGGGGAAGAUAUUGAAUGGAUUCGCCGAUUUACAACAGCAGCACGAAAGGUUGCCACUGAAGCAGGCAUCCAGUUGGAAAUGGUUUAUGUGGGAAAGAGCAGCAGCAGGGAGCGUGUGCGAAAGAUCAAUGCUGUCAUAACAGCAGAACAACUCAGCCAUUGUUGGACUGAUCCAACAUAUGUUUGGUAUUUCUGGACAAGAGUGGGUAGCAUGCUGUAUUCGAAGAUGCAGAAUGGAAAGACAGUUCAAGACGAUAAAAUAAUGCAGGAGGUACUGACCAUCCUCACCUUUGAUGGAAGUGAUCAUGGAUGGGCUCUGAUAAGUAGAGGAUCAGCAGAGAUGGCCAGAGCUACUGGAGAUACAAUGCUCACCAGCCUCACUGACUUCCCGACUUGGGAGAACGACGCAAAGGAAAAAGGAUUUAUCCAUGCACUCAAUGAGUACUUACAGCGCCUUCACACUCCACAGCACUGCAACCGCCUUAUCCUUCCAGGGAUCGCUGGUGGCAUCCCAGAGCUGGUUGUUUGUGCAGAAUGUGGUCGCCCAAUGGAGAAGUAUUUCAUGUACCGUUGCUGCACCGACUAA